AUGGACACUGGAGGAGGUGGCGGAGGCGGGGUGGAUGGAGGGCUUGCAUCAGACGAACGACCCGGUGGGACCCGGCUAGACUUUGCGAGCAACGGGCAGCCCGCCGGGGGCGCGGAAGGUACUGUAGCCUCCGAGAAGCACCGCGCCCCCGACGGUCGACUCGUCGAGAUCCGAAACGUGUGGGCGGACAACCUCGAGACCGAGAUGGUGAUCAUCCGCGAGCUGGUGGAGGACUACCCCUACGUGGCCAUGGACACCGAGUUCCCGGGCGUGGUGGCAAGGCCUGUGGGAGACUUCAACCAGCCGGACUUCCAGUACCAGACACUCCGGUGCAACGUGGACAUGCUCAAGAUGAUCCAGCUUGGGCUGUCCUUCGCCAACGAGAAGGGAGAGUUGCCCGAGGAUGGCUGCUGCACGUGGCAGUUCAACUUCGCCUUCAACUUGAGCGAGGACAUGUACGCGCAUGAUUCCAUCCAGCUGUUGAAGAACUCGGGGAUCGACUUUCAGGGGCACGAGCGCAGGGGGAUUGACCUGCAGGACUUCGGGGAGCUUUUGAUGACGUCCGGCCUGGUGCUUCUGCCCAACGUAACCUGGCUCAGCUUCCACUCGGGGUACGACUUUGGCUACCUCAUCAAGCUGCUCACUUGCAGCAAUCUUCCCACACAGGAGAGUGAUUUCUUCGACCUUUUGCAGCUGUACUUCCCCAAGAUCUACGACAUCAAGUACCUGGUGUCGAGCCAAGACGGCUUUCACGGCGGGCUCAACAAGCUGGCCGACGACCUCAAGGUGGAGAGGAUCGGGCCCAUGCACCAGGCAGGGAGCGACAGUCUUCUCACCGAACAGGUCUUCCUCAAGGUGGCGGACGUGUACUUCAACGGCGUGGCCAACCUGGACCAAGGGAAGUCUCGCGGAAAAUUCGCCGGGCAGCUGUACGGCUACGGCGGCAACCAGACGGGCAUUUACAGCGGCGGCGGAGGCGGCGGUGGCGGCGGCGGCAAACAGCGGCGCCACCGGGACCGGUGCCGGCGGCGGCGGAAGCACCGCCACUGCUGCAGGGACGGCCACAACAACCGCCGCUGCGACCGGAGCAACAGGGGACAGUGCAACCGCCACUGCCGCUGCCUCCGGUUCGUCGGGGGCGGGGGCGGCUUCGACGGGGGCGGGGACCGGGGGGCGGGGGAACGUCGUCAACUCCUCCGCGGCGGCUUCGGCUAUGGCCAACCCGACGACCUCGGGUAACCCCAACUCCGGGGAGGAUGACUCUCCCUCGGGAGGUGGGGGGGGCACCGGCGAUGGGGCCGCCGCGGGGGAGGGGGAGGGGGCGGGGGCAUCAUGAUGGCAGGGUCGGGGUCUCGUGGUUGAGUGACGGAGAAGGAUGUCACCUUUGAAACUUGGGAGGGGUCGUCAUGAUCGCACGGUCGGGGCCUCGUGUUGAGUACGGGGGAUCUGUUGACUAUGCCGCCUUGGCCCUUCUGUUGCAGUUUUGUUGGUUUGUUCUUGAAGGUGGUUGCGAGGAUGCAUGUCACGAAAGUGGCAUCGAUGCCUUUCGGCACCACGCCUGCUCCAAGGCUGGGAUGAUGGAACGAAGGCUUGGUGUGGCAAAUUUUGAACAGCCGUGUCGGUAAAAGAUCACGUAUGAUCCACGGGAACCAUCGAUUUUGACGUUGUGGUCGAUGAUUUCUUUUGAGAGAAGAGAGCUGAGAGACAGGCCGUCUAAUUUUACCGCAUUCGCACAAUGCCGUCAUCUUGUGGGCUAGGACCGAUUUACCCUUCGCUUCGACACGCCAGGUUGCCAGCCGGGAAUCGGGUCGCCCGUGUAUGUAAAGUACGCCCCCUAAUGAUAUCAGGGGAGAGUUUGUUACUAGAAAUAUGCUGUGUGUAUCGUACGUGUUUUUUUCUUUUCUUUUCUUUUCGUUGUGAAAGUGC